UGGACCGGAAAUAGUUUCUUUGUCACGUAGCGUAGCCCGUCAAGUGUCAACACGGUUUGUGGACGAAACAAGCGUUCAUUGAACACAAUGUUGGAUUGGACCACAGUCCCCUUGAUGAUCCGGAACACAACACCUUAUUUCUAGACUCUCCGACAGUGCUUGUGAAGGUUCUGGAAGAAGGAAGAAUGCCGGUGGAGAGCAGUAGCAGCGGUGUGGUCCGGCAGGCCAAGCAGAAGAGAAAGUCUCACAGUCUGUCCAUCAAGAGGACCAACAGCACUGAGCAGGAGCGCUCGGGCCUGCAAAGAGACAUGCUGGAUGGACAGUCGUCUGAUAAUCUGGAAUGUUUGGCCAGAAUGGAGGACUCCAAAUUGCCUCUGUCCCUGAGGACCAACCUGAUCGACCUGUUCAGUCAGAUUGAGAGAGAGUUUGAGAAUCUCUACAUCGAGAACAUUGAGCUUCGCAGAGAGAUUGAGACGUUGAACGAUCGCUUGACUGCGGACGGUCAGACCCUAGAAGGCACAGACUUGGCCAAAGGAGCCCUGAAAACAAAAACGAGUCACAGCACCAGUCAGCUGUCACAGAAACUAAAGACCACCUACAAAGCGUCCACCAGCAAGCCGCGUUCAAACUCUUGCCACGCCCCCGUAGGCGGAGCCCGCAACUUCAGCGUAAGCGGGUGGGAGUUGUGGGGCGGAGACUCAUGGAUUGUGUCCAGUUUCAAAACCACCACGUCCAGAGCUUUGUGUCAGCUGCUCAGAGAGUACGUGGGCCACAGAGACGGUAUCUGGGACCUGAGCGUGACCCGGACCCAGCCCAUGGUGCUUGGUACUGCAUCUGCAGACCACACAGCCAUGUUGUGGAGCAUCGAGACGGGGAAAUGUCUCCUCAAAUAUCUGGGCCAUCAAGGAUCAGUGAACUCCAUCAAAUUCCACCCCACUGAACAAAUGGCGCUAACAGCAUCUGGAGACCAGACAGCUCACAUCUGGAGGUUCAUGGUGCAGUUGCCCACACCGCAGCCUGUCGUUGACGUCAGCCAACCCCUCUGCGACGACGACGUGGACGUUUCUGACAAAGACGAGGCUGAGGUGGAAGCGGAGGGUCCCAACGACUGCCCAUCUGUGCGUGUGGCAUCCACCACGCUGCGCAGCCACCAGGGCGUGGUCAUUGCUGCCGACUGGCUGGUGGGGGGCAAGCAGGCGGUGACGGCCUCCUGGGACCGAGCCGCCAACCUUUACGACGUGGAGACAUCGGAGCUAGUCCACUCGCUCACCGGUCACGACCAGGAGCUGACGCACUGCUGCACCCAUCCCACCCAGCGCCUGGUGGUCACCUCAUCUAGAGACACUACCUUCAGACUGUGGGACUUCAGAGACCCGUCCAUCCACUCCGUCAAUGUCUUCCAGGGACACACAGACACGGUGACGUCUGCUGUCUUCACGGUGGGGGACAACGUGGUGUCAGGGAGCGAUGACCGCACCGUCAAAGUGUGGGACCUGAAGAACAUGAGGUCACCCAUAGCAACCAUCCGCACAGACUCUGCUGUCAACAGGAUCAGCGUGUCAGUGAGUCAGAAGAUCAUUGCUCUCCCUCACGACAAUCGGCAGGUCCGACUGUUCGACAUGUCAGGAGUGCGACUGGCCCGCCUGCCCAGAAGUAACAGACAGGGUCACCGCCGCAUGGUAUGCUGCUCAGCGUGGUGUGAGGACAACACCUCCUGCAACUUGUUCACGUGCGGCUUUGACCGCCAGGCCAUUGGCUGGAACAUCAACAUCCCCGCCCUCCUGCUGGAGAAGUGACCCCGCCCCCCACCUUGUCGUAACAUGCAAGUCAGUGGAAGGUCGUCACGUGUCGUAAUCGUAUUUUAACCCAACAGCUUCAUGCGUCUUUGUGACAAAGUGACGACUCACUGCUGCCAAUGUACACUGAACACAUCUUCUCGCCUUGUGUGUGUGCGUGUCUGGGUGGGCAAACACACUUUGAUCAUAGUGUGUGUUGAGUGUUUGAAAGAGACUCCUGCACAUCUGAGAGAAAAAAAAGUGUGUCAUUGAUAGAAAAACAAAAGCACAACACAGAAGCUUUAUUGUGACCUUGAUGCUAACAACAUCAUGUUGCUCUUCAUCAUUCAGUGGUCAGUACGCAGUCUUUUUGCUUAAGUGUGUACCCAAUGAAGUGUUCACUGUAUUUGUUAGAAAUACCUUUACAUUAGCAUGCUAACCAGCCAGGCCCUUGCAAUACCACUUUGUACCCCAGGAGGCGACAGUGAGUCACUAGCGUUAUGUAGGCUCAAACAUAUUUGGCACUUAAGCAGUUGGGAACAUUUUAGUCAACGUGAUACUUGAAAUGUUGCUUGUCAGUGUUUGUAAGAUAGCCAAUUUAGUGUUAGCUAUCACUUCAUCACUUAACACUUAAAAGGUCACUGACAUGAUUUAGCAACUUGCUUAAAUAUGAUCUAUAUUGUUUGUUAACAUCCUCUGUCUGGUACGCCGCCAUGUCUGUUUACAUGUGAAUACACCUUAACGGACGUCACUUCCGGAAAUGCCCCAGUUCCAAGACGGAUGUUUGCAAUCUUUCCCGCAACACACUUUAAAUGUAUUUUUUACGAAUUUACCGUUCGCUUUGUAAAAACGAAGAUCGUACAACAUAAUUACAAACCAUACAUAACAUUUAAGCAAAGUUGAUAGAUCAUGUUAGUGACCCUUUAAGAAGCCCCUCCCACAUUGUGACAGUAAUAAGUCAGGAUAAAACAGGAUGCUAAUACAUUUUUUUUAUCAUUAUUUAAUUGUUGAACUGCUGACAUAUUAGCAUGCUGUCAUGAUGUUUGUGUCUGAGCACACUGCAUUAGUAUUCGUAUUACUAUUCCAGUAAAUUGAAAAAGAUUGCACUGUAGAAGAAAGGAAAGGUAAAUACAAGAAGUGAAAAAAGCAUGUGUUUUAAGAUAAAUCUCUUAUUGGAGAAACAAGCCAAGAAAGUAUUUGAGGACAUAGAAAGGAUGAGCAUUUAGUCAUUUUAUCCGAACUUUUAACUCAAUGACAUGGCAGCAUGAUGAGACACUCAGCAGUUUAUUUCUGUGGUCGUCCCGCUUCUGACUUUUUAACAAUAGCUUGUGACUUUUUGCCUUUUGGGGGAAUUUCUCAAGACCUAAAGCCACAGUGUUUCAUGGUUACACUUGUAGGAUGUCCUACCUAGCAUGUGUAAAAUGUUUUUUUAAUCACAUGAAAUGUAGUAUAAAGAGCACCAAGUCAAGUGUAUUUUAUCCAGUUGACUGACUGUGUAUUUUAUUUUUAGAGAUUUUUCUCCCUCACCAUGAAUCCCAAAUAUCUACUUUGACUGUGAUGUUCAAAUAUUGGUAACAUACUAAUGCCAUCAAUGAAUUCAGAGUAAAGGGCACACGUCAGACAUUGUCACUCAACAUCUUCACACAAAAGGUAAACUUUAAAUCAACCUUAUUGCAGCUUUGUCAGUGUUCGCUGUGUAACACUUUGUUACAUGUCAAUAAAGCAGUUUUGUUCUUCA